CUUUGUGACUGUGGCAAUUAAGGACGACCCUGCACACUGGACUUUACACUCAAAGUUGGGAAUGAGGGGGGUGAAUGGCGGUACCGCCAGUAAAAACAAUGGCAUUUAAAAAGGUCCCAGAUUUCUCUCUAAACGGAAAGUAAUGAAAGAGUAAACUAUGGAGACCUUCCUAAUGUUAUUAAACGAGUUGUUUCUCAUCAAGCUUCUUCUUAUGUUUCUCUCCAGCGGACAAGUGUUGGGAGCCUCAUUCUACGGAGAUGGAUAUGUCCAGCUGAGGACUGUGGAGUUGUCCAGCCGAACGUCGCUCCAUGUGCGCUUCCGCACUUCAAGUCACAGUGGACUACUUUUCAUGGCUGCCGGGGAGACAGACUUCCUCCUGCUUGAGCUGCACUCUGGUCGCCUGCAGGUUCAGUUGGAUUUGGGAUCAGGUGAGCGUACCCUCCGCUCUGAGAAGGGGGUUCAUCUGAACGACUUGGCCUGGCACUCUGUGGAGCUCCAACACGACCAGCACAACGUCACUCUGUCGGUGGACCGCCACUCUCACACCAGCGUCAGGAUCCCCGGGCCAGACCUGGACCUCAGUGUCCAUGAUGGGCUGUUCGUUGGUGGGACGGUUGGCCUGGACAAACCCUACCUCCAUAGUGACGAUGCCACAGGCUUCCGCGGCUGUGUUGACGAGGUGCUCUUCAACCAGCACAACUUGCUGUCCAGCCUGCGGCCCUAUUCGGGAUAUAAGAGUGUCCAUGAGGUGUCUCUGGGCUGCAGUUCUCAGUUUUCUGCAGGCGAAGACGACCCCAUCAGCUUCUUCAGUUCCAGGGCAUACAUGUCCCUGCCCCCGUGGGACGUCCCUCAGGAGGGGGUGUUGGAGUGUGAGGUACAUACCUCCUCUGAAGAGGGGAUUGUCCUGUACAGCUCUGCCCACCAGAGUGACUUUAUUGCCAUGGAGAUCCAAGAGGGGACUUUGGUGGUUGUCGUUGGUAACGGUGGGACUAGGACGGAGCUGCACUCCCUCACGUACAUCAACAACCAGAAAUGGCACCGGGUGAAACUACACUUGCUUCCUCACAGCCUGCAGCUGACUGUAGGUGAGGAGAUAGUCAACCACAGCCUAGGGGCUCAUUCCAAGUCCUUGCAGCUCCGAGGCCCUCUCUACAUGGGCGGUGUGGAUGACAGAUCACGUUUAGAAGCCAGGAAGGCCGGCCUACUGUCUUUCAAUGGGAAGCGGCUGGCCGGUGGAGGAUCCUUCAAAGGCUGUCUGAGAGACAUCCGGGUCAAUGCGCAGAGUAUGGGACUUCCCCACGCUGUAGUCACCAAAGACAUAUCUGUCGGCUGUGAAUUAGAGAAGCUUCCAGAAGCAAUCACCACCGUGAGCCCCAUGGCUGUCCUCUCUGUCACCUUGCCACUAGUCCAACAUAAUGGAUCAGACAGGGACAGGAAGAGGCCGGGUCAGAACUUUCUGGUUCUGAAAGACUUAGUGGUUCCAGAAGGUGGAAGGGCUCUGUUAGAAUCUAAGCACAUCAAGGUGAACCUAGAGUUCCGGAAGCUUGGAAUCCGUCAGUCUCAGAUUAUGUUCCGUAUUGAAGAGCAGCCUGUGCAUGGCCAGCUGAGGCUUGAUGUGGAUCAUUCAGACCAAAACGAGGAUUGGACCUUCAGCAUGCUGGACCUGUGGCACGGUAGAGUGAUCUACGUCCAUGGAGGCUCAGAAGACCCUCAAGACUUCUUCAUGUUCUCUGUCUUUACCAACAGCAAGAAGGAGAUCCCUUUUUACCUCAAGGGAAACAAACUACACCGCUUCAACAUCAGCGUCACUCCCGUCAAUGACGCUCCCGAGCUCAGCCUCCCUGAGGGAAGUCUCUUCAUCCUCCUAGAGAACUCCAAACGCCACCUUAACACGGAUGUUCUCAGAGCCACCGACCUGGACAGCAACUCCACAGACCUAGUGUUCACCGUACUGGGGAACCAUAAUUCUGAAGCAGGCUUAUUGGAGAAGCAGGACCACCCAGGGACGGCCAUCACCACCUUCUCUCAACCCGACCUGGAGGAGGGGAAGGUCAGCUAUGUGCACAUGGGAGGGCUGGUGAGGAACUCCCGGAUGGCUGUGAGGGUCAGUGAUGGGGACAAGGUGAGCAACACAGUAGUACUAAGGAUCAUGGCUGUCCAGCUUGAGCACAAGGUGGCCAACAACACAGGGGUGGAGGUGGACCAGGGUGGGGCUGCUGUCAUCAGCAGCCAACACCUAGCUAUGCAGGUAAACGUUGUGAAGCAGGGCUUUGACAUUCGCUAUGACGUGGUGGAGGCACCUCGAUAUGGCGAGCUGCAGCGGCUGCACUCCAGCGGAGAGUGGAAGCCCACCUUUGUCUUCUCACAGAAGCUUCUGGAGAAAGAGCGCAUCAGGUACCUCAACACCUUCCAGGAGAUCAGGACAAGCAAUGUCACAGAUCAGUUCAAAUGCAGGGUCAGUGUGGGCUCAGCAGUGACUGAUGAGCUGGUUUUCCACAUCACGGUGCGGUGGAUCCACUUCAAGGUUACCAGGAGUAAGAUGGAGGUCAGCGGUGUGAGGAAAGUCCUUAGCAAUGAGGAGCUCUGUGUUGUCUCCAAGGGCAUGAAGCUCCAUGACAGUGAACUUCACUUCAGAAUGCUAUCCCUGCCAAAGAAAGGACAGCUCGUGUUCAAAGACAAAGUCUUAAUGAAAAACUCAACAUUUAGCCAGAAGAAUAUAUCUGACCACAUGGUGAAAUAUGAGGUAACUGGUAGGCCUCAUGAGGACACAAGGGACUCGUUUCGUUUCCAGGUAGUCUCCAAACACGCACAUUCAGGGGGUUACGAUUUCAGAAUCAACAUCAAGGCAGAUGUUCAUAGCCUGAUCCUAACAAACAAAGGACUGUCCAUCCUGGAAGGAGAAAGCAAGGUAAUCACCAAGGAUUUGCUGUUUGCUGAAACAGUCGGGGUCAAAGCAGCACUUUAUACACUCACCAGCAGUCCUAAACAUGGCAAGUUAAAGAGGAUCAAUCUCUCUAAUUCUACGUCUAUUAACGAUAACAUCACGGCUUUCACCAAUCAGGACAUUGUAGAGGACCGCAUCAUGUAUGUGCACGAUGGCAGUGAAACCAUGGAAGACGCAUUCACUUUCCACACCACCGUCGACAAACACACCAAAGCACACAAUCACAAACGCACACACUCCAAAAAAGAAAACACUCACACCAUUGAUGACAUCUUCAACAUCUCGAUUGCCCUUGUCAAUGACGAGAAACCGGUCCGCGUUGUCGACAAAGUUUUCCACGUGGCCAGGGGCAGGCAGAGGCUGCUGACGUUAGACGACCUGCGUUACCACGACGCUGACUCAGACUUUGAUGACAGUCAGCUGGUCUACACUAGACGGGGAAUCCCCAUGGGCGACCUGGUCCUAGUAAACGACACAGGCCACAAGUUGUACCAGUUCAGCCAGGAGGACCUGCAGCAGAGGAGGGUGCUGUUCAUCCACACGGGGGUCAGCUUUGGACGCUUCGUCCUAUUCGUGUCAGAUGGGAAACACUACACAUCCACACUGUUGGAGGUCAUUGCCCAGGACCCCUACAUCCAGGUGGAGAACAACACAGGCCUGCUGGUCCAGAAAGGCCAUGUGGCCAUCUUGGGUUCGGCCAACUUCAGUGUGUUUACAAACCUGGAUGUCCGAGACGAUGAGGAGGUGGUCUGCCAGGUCUUCCUCCCGCCGAGACACGGGCAUCUGUUCCACAACAACGUUAAGGUGGAUCGUUUCACUCAGCAUGAUCUGAAGGUGGGCAGCGUUCAGUAUCGCCAUGAUGACAGCAUGAACCUGGCUGACUCCUUCAACUUCACGGUGAGCGUUAAAGAGGUGCGUCUGGAUGCCAGCGUUGGGGUGAGAGUGUACCUGGAGAGCCACCAGCAGCCCCCCACUGUACUCUACAACCACAUUGUAGUGGUGGAGGAGGGCAAGUCUGUCAAGAUAAACAGAGGAGACCUGGAGGUGAUCCAUAAGGACAGCCUCCCCUCUGAGAUAGUGUACAAGGUGAAGACGGCUCCAUCCCACGGGUUCCUCCGUAGGUCAACCCAGGGAGAGGACGAUCCCUACCAGGGUACUAGAGAGGAGACCACCCACUCCUUCUCCCAGGAGGAUGUCAACAUGGGACACAUCCAGUACCUCCAGGUGGAUUCAGACCAGACCCACGACUCCUUCCUUCUGGACGCCUCCAACGGCAUCACAGUGGUCCAUGACAUCAGGGUCUCCGUGGACAUCAUCCCAAUCCACAUCCCUCUCAAUGUCUUCAACGUGACCUUGGAAGAAGGGUCAUCCACGGCCCUGACCAAGGAGGUCCUACAGGUCACCAACAGACACUUCUCUCAGGUUGACUUCUUCUAUCAUGUAUCUGAGCCGCCAAGCCAUGGUCAUAUUGAACACGCACGCAUUCCUGGACUAUCUAUUCCCUUCUUCACACGCAAACAGGUGGAUUCAGGGCACAUUUAUUAUGUCCACGAUGGAAGUGAUACACUGUCAGAUAACUUCACCAUUAUCGCCAACGACACAGACACCAGAAAGCACAGCCAGCCCUGCAUGGUGUUCAUCCAUGUGACGCCUGUCAACGACGAGGCCCCAGUCAUCACAGCCAACAGGAUUCUAAGGAUCCACUUCCGCAUCUGCAGUGAAAGGUGAGAGAGCUAGAGCGGUGUUUAUCAGACCAUGACACAUCCAGAAAAUCGGUCUUCUCACAAAAUCGUCUGUAGCGUCCGAAUGGUUUGGCCUAGAAACUAUCAUGUUUUGCUCUACGACCCACACAAGCGUCUUGGGACUCGUCUGAAGUCGGUACAGCCGAUCUGCCAACUUCUGUCGGUAGUUUCCGAACAGUUGGGGCUACACACAAAUAUGACCCGUCUGUGGAAAGGUGAGACUCUCCGAACACGUACAUGUUUUGCUCUAUUAUG